CGAUGCACUGCAUCAUACCUUUGAAAUAAAAAACAAUGUUCUGAGUUUCAAUCGUCUCUAAUUUUCCUUGAUUUAUUUAUUCCCUAUUGAGGUCCCUCAAGAAAAAUUUAUCGAAAGCCGUUAAACAUCAGCGAUAAGAAUGGCGGCCAAGGGUAAACGACCCGCGAAAAAGACUGGGGCAAAUGGAUACAAACUCCCGGAGCCGAUCGCUGCAGGUGAAGUGCUCACAGACCUGAGUAAGAAUCAAUGGAUCCUGGGAAAGUCGAUAGGCCUGGGAGGCUUCGGUGAGAUCUACUCCGCAGCCCCUCACAAUGGAAAGACACCCAAGGAUUAUCCCCUUGUCGUCAAGAUCGAACCACAUGGUAAUGGGCCCCUCUUCGUGGAGAUGCACUUCUACAUGAGGAAUGCUAAACCUGAACAUAUUGAGGCCUGGAAGAAAAAGAAAAAGUUGGGGAGCUUGGGAAUGCCCAAGUUCAUUGGCAAUGGGAGUCAUGAGUACAAAGGGACCAAAUACAGAUUCGUCGUAAUGGAAAGAUACGGCACAGACCUCUGGAAACUCUUCCUCGAGAACAACAGACGCUUUCCAGAGGCUACUGUCUUCAAACUAGCUAUUCAGAUCAUAGAUGUUCUGGAGUACAUUCAUGGCAGAACUUAUGUGCACGCAGAUAUCAAGGGAGCGAAUCUCCUCCUAGAUCUGAAGUCUGGAAACCAGAUCUACCUUGUCGAUUUUGGUCUCGCCUCUCAUUAUACCACGAAAUCCGAGUACAAAUUGGAUCCGAAAAAAGCGCACAAUGGCACCAUCGAGUAUACCAGCAGAGACGCCCAUAUGGGAGUACCAACGAUGAGGGGAGACUUCGAAAUUUUGGGCUACAAUAUCAUUCAAUGGAUUUGUGGGAGCCUUCCCUGGGAGAAGAAUCUAAAGGAUGCGGCAAAGGUCCAGAAAAUGAAAGAGAAUGCCUUUGAAGAUAUUGAAUCGUUUCUGAAGGAGUGCUUCGGUACUGGGAAGUGUCCUGAAGCUGUGAAACACUUCAUGGAGUUAGUAUCAGAGAUGAAGUUCACAGACACCCCUAAUUAUGCUGAAUUUAGACUUAUUUUCGUCGAGGGAUUGAAAAAACUUGGGCACAAGCCGGAUGGAAAGUUGGAGUUUGUAGGCAAGUCUGCAUCUGUUUCGUCGGUUGGAGUUAAAACUGCAACACCUAAGAGGGUUAAAAAGGUCAGUGGGGAUGCCCCCACGAGGAAGAGUCCGCGAGCGAAGCCUUUUAGGAGUCCCAGUCCUCCUAGAUCUCUGGAUGAAAGCUGUGUGGGAAUUAUUGUUGACAGCAGACGUGAAAAGUUGAAGGACAUGAAGAAGAUCUUGGAGUCGAUUGAGGAUGAUUCAGAUACCGAGUAUGGGAUCACUAUUACGAAGAAGAGGAAGAUAAAGAAGGCUGAGGUAGAAAUGGAGGUGGAGAAGAAGCCCAGUAGGAGGGGGAGGAAAAAAGUGGUUUAUGAUGAGGAUUCAGGAUCGGAACCUGAGGUAAUGCCGAAAGGGACUAAGUCACGACUAUUGGCGAGAAAGGUAGUGCGUAAGGAACCAGAGCCGGUUGACUCCGAUGCUGAUAUGUUCGAUAAUUAAUUGAAUCCUUUUUCAUUCUAAUUCAUAAUUUAUUGCAUUGAGCUUAGUCGAAAUUAGUAGAAUGAAAAAUGUGAAAAAGUGACCUGCAACGAUCUGAAAUUGCCAAAAAAAAUCCAACAUAAACUAUUCGAAAUUAAUGCACAUUUCACUAAUGAAGUGGUAAAAUGUAAACAAUCAGCAAAAAUUUUCAGUAUAAUUAAAUAUUAAUUUUCUGCGAUAAAAAACAUGCAGAACUGAUGAAGUUCCAUUUAUCACAUUUAUCUUACCACUGAAUUACUGAAUUAUGACUUUCAAAAUUGUUAUAAAUUUGAGUAACUCCAGAGUAUAUCCAUUUAUUUCUUGAGAUAACUGUUGAGCAGUAUUUACAAUAAUGAUACGUUCCUGAGAAUUUUGUAUUGAUAAAACCAAAAUAAAAUAUUAUCUUUGUAAUACUUCUAUUUUUUAUGCUUCUGUACUUGUGGAGCACUGAUUUUCACUUUUCCUGGAAUAUUUCUAGCGAUGGUCUCUUCCUUGACAGCUUUGAGAAGAUCCUUUUCCCUAGUUGUGAUAGUUUUAUCUCUCAAGAAGACAGAAAUUGCAGUCUUGGCGGCUUUUCCCCUUUUCCCAGUUCCAGGCAUCAAUUUGACUUUAAAUUUGUAAUUGUUCAGUGUACCGUAAGGUGCAAUGACAGGUACAGCGAAUAGUAAUUCAUCUUCAUCGACGGGUUUUCCCGUUAGCUGAUCCAGCA